ACAUCUCUUUUCCAUUCUACCUUUUACAUCUGGUGUGCUGUAGUAUAAUGUAAAAACUGUAAGUCAAACUUGCAGUGUGUUGGUACUGCCAGCAUUAUUCCUUGAGAAUGUGAUCUGAGGUUUAAAAACUACAAGGUGCUUUCUUUAGUGUGUGUCAUAAUACAUUGUGUCAAGUAAUAUUUUUUGGGUAGUGGUGGUAUAUCUCAUUGGAAAAGUGACCCAUAACGCCUGCAGAAUGGACUAGUUGUGUGGCAAUACAUAUUAUACAUAUUGAUAAUUUAUUUAAGUUUGAAAGUGUGUUAACACAUUCAGGAUAUACACACACAAAGUUAAAUUCACUUGACCCACAUUGUUUAUUUCACUUUAGGAAGGCACAAGCAAUGAGGAAAAAGAGCUAAUGGAAGAGAGUGAUGAUGAAUUUGAUAGUAAUUCCAUCUUGCCCUCUUCAGAUGACGAUGUGAAAGAGAAGCGUUUUCCUUGCGGUCUUUGCAGCAAAGCAUUUACAACCAAGAGACAAUUCACUGACCAUGUCAAAGUGCAUGCACGACACCCCUGCUCCCUGUGUCCAUUUACAGGCAGUACCGUCAGGUCUGUUGGACUUCAUGAGCUAGAGGCACACAAUGGGAAGAUACAGCACAAGUGUCCCGAGUGUGGCAAGACUUUCCGUGCUUUGCAUCACAUACGGGCUCACAUCUUAAAGAUCCAUCGUCGUCGAAGCAGACACUUGGCUAAGACCUGUGAGGUUUGUGGGAAAGUUGUCAGUAGCCAUUUCAGCCUUAUAAAUCACAGGAGAACACAUACUGGUGAAAAACCAUAUAACUGUGAUCAGUGCUGGCGUUCUUUUGCUGCUGAAAGCUCUCUGAGAUCCCAUAUGCUGGUGCACAGUGACAGGCGCAAGAGAUUUCAGUGCAGAUUCUGCCCCAAGGAACUGUUGUCACGAAAAAGUUUGAAAAGACAUGAAAGGAUUCACCAAGAUCUUCUGGACACAUAUCCAUGUGAGUUUUGUGGGAAAUGCUUCAACAACAAGUAUAACCUGAAAGUCCACCUUCGAAUUCACACAGGAGAGAAACCUUAUGUAUGUAAUAUAUGUGGGGUUGGUUUUCCUCAGAAAAACAGUAUUGAUGUACAUAUGAAAAAACACAAAAUUAUAGUCAAAUCAGACGACCUGGAUGCAGAAAUUGGUUUGCGUGGACAGCCAAGGUUUAGCACAAUGUGAGGUGCUUUCUGUGUUAGCUGAUUGCAUGCUGAUUUCUUUUGAAAAUAGGUUUUGUGUUAUUUGUAGAGAAAAUAAUAUCAGAAAUAUAAUUUUCAUGCUUUUAGAGAUUGCAAGCUAUUUUCUUAUUCACUCUCUUAGUUUUGUGAUUGAACAUGGUGUUAAUAAAUAAUGUUAUUGAAGAAAGUGUUUGUGCUAUUAAAUCAUUCCUUUUGAUCUGUUCACAGCCAUAAUGCUACAGCUCAAUGUUUUAUCAGUCAAAUUCAUUUUGGUAUAAAAAGAAAUCCUUCUGCUUAAAAAGUCAGUUAACAAAGAACAAGAAUGCCCUAAGUGCUGUGUGCCUACCUGAACAUUUUGUGUUUUGAGAUUUCUGUUAAAGCAUUUAAAAGAACAUAACAAAAUAUUAAUUGCAAUAUAAAAUUAUCAAAUGUCAGAUAAUUGAUUAAGAUUAUAAGUCUUUCAUCAUCUACGUAAUUUACCAUCUAUCUUUUGCAAGAAACCAUUGGAAACUGUUUCCCAAGUAUAUUGUCAGCAUUGUGUUUUAGAUGAAAUUUUUAAAUAAUCACAAGAAAACAAUCUUUCUAAUUCAACUAGAUGCACAUGUUUCUUCAGGCAUAGGUUUUUGUGCCUAGCAGUACCUGAGUUUUGACUUUGUGUCGCAGGAUUCUGUACCUUCAAGUUUUGAUUGAGAUAGUGUAGAUGUGGCAUAUCAUUUCACUUGAGAUAUAGUCUUUUGCAGAUGAAGAUUUUUUAAUUUUUUUUGUAGCUUUGAUAGUUUUGCAGUCAUUGAAAAGGCUUCCAGAAUGCAAUGAUAUAUAUAUAUUGAAAAUGCAAAGCUCUAAAGAUUUUUGCAUCAGUAGUGGUGAUACUGUUUGCAAUCAGAAAUAUCUGCACCAUUGUUGUCCUUUAACAUUAAUGUAUCCAAAUGAUUUGUGAAAAAGGAAAAUGCAUGCAUGUGUGUGUGUGCUUGCAUGUAGGCAUGCUCAAGAAAGAAAUAAAGGUGGCAGGUGUGAAACUUGCACAUUACUCUGUUAUUUAUAUGUUAACUAUUGAAUUAUAACUGAAUCUCUUAUUUAACAAGUAAGCAGUGCACUUAUGCACAUCACUUGACCCCUCUCUUUGUCACACACACAUAUACAUAUAUGAGUGUGCAUACAUUUAAACAAGCUUUUCAUCUUUUUCAUAAUUUUUUUUCAAAGCAUUUUGUUCAGAAAUAAAAUUUUCUUUUUCAGAUGUAAAGAUUACCAAUUUCUGGUGUUAAUGAAUAUACUUCCAAUUCCUGUGUUUUUCUAUCAUUUUAGACAUUACUUUUAUUAAUCUGCCAUUUUUUUAAUCCAUUACACAGUCAUGGUGGGAACCCCUAAAGUUUGAUGUGCACUCUUCAGGCUGACUAUAGUUGCUUAAGAAAGGAAUAGACAGUGAUAAAACAGUAGGAACACUAUGUGACAUGAACGAAAACAGGUUUGAAUGAUAGUGGUGUUUCCUGUUACAUUUGAAGACAGGACUGCUAGUAUUUCCUUGCAGAGAAUGAGGAUGAAUUCACAGUGUUUAUGCUUGAACGUGUUUUCAUGACCAUAAGCAGCAUGGUCCUUACAGACAGCACACACUGUUUCACACCUAUACAAACUGCUAACACUCUUUUCUCUGUGUGUGCUUUAUCAAGGCUUGAUUACUGUGACUUUGCUUUUGGAUUGCUCACUGCAUUCACAAAUUCUAGAAAAUAAAAGACUGAAGCUACUUACCUGGAACUUUAAAUCUAAGAGAUGGGACUAUGUCUCACUUGUCCUUCAUUAAUUCUUUGCCUGAUUGUGAUGAGAGGAAUUCUGUGUGUGCCAUGCUGAAAGAAUAUCUCUGUUAUAGAGUAAUAUUUUACAUUCUUUUUACAUGCAUGACUUAUUUUACAUUCCUCUUACAUGUGUGACAUUAAAAGAGGAAAUGGCUUUGAUAUAUAAUGAAUUACUUAGUCUUAAAAGUAUUAUAUCACUGAACUUCAGUCGUGAACAAGCCUUCAUCGGUGUUUAGGUAAUAAAAUGUCUUCAGUAUGGCUCCAAGAUGACUUAUAUUAAAGUAUUUCAGCUUGAACGACACUUUAGUCUAUAGUCAGAGGAGGCUUAAAUGAAGGUAUAUCUGGUUUUAAAAAAUUCUUUUCUUUUGUGAAAAGAUUUGAGUACCAUGCACCUCACACUUGUAAGGAGUGUGUAUUUGGAUACUGUUUAACAUAUGAGUGAUUAAACUGCUGGGUAACUACCUGGAAUCCAACCAUCUGUACAUGUGCAGAAACAUGCAUGUGCACAUGCACAUUGCGUUUCUCUGCUCUAACCAAACAAACAAAAAAUGGUGUUAAACAUUCACCUUGACCCUGGUGUGUAGGAUGUAUGCAUGUGGCAUGUCAGCAUGUGGAUAAUUUAGCUGAAUGUGGAAAGCUAAGCAUGCACGCACCACUGCCUGGUGCCAUUCCCUCAUACAAGCAGCUUACAGAUACAGUUCGUUGCAAAUUGCCAUAUAUGAGUAGAGUGAAUAGAAAUCACUAAUGUUGCUGUUCACUCACAUGCUUACAAACAGGCAAACAAGGUGCAUGCACUCCUGCCACCACAGCCAUCACUGGCCAACAGUACACUCUGCUCUCUUGGCUG